AUCUUAUUAUAUUCAAUUUGAAUUUCCAUCCUUUUAAUUUUCUAAAAUCAUUUUAUUUGAAUUUUGUAAAUUUUUUGUUUCCGACUUUGACAUGUCUAGUUUCUAAAACUAUGGGUUAUUAAUUAGAAGCCGUGGAGACAAAUGAUGGCGAGUGCCAUCGCUGGUGCCGGCCAGAAUCGACGAUUUGCCUCUUCAACAACUCCUAGAUUUGCUCCCAGGACCAUAUCUGAUUCUCCCUCUGAGAAGACCAAAUCAUGGUUGACGACGGGAGACGAAAUACCUCUAUGGAUGAUGGGUGGAUUCGUUUCGGUGGUGGUGUUUAUGGCGGUUCACACAGCAAAGAAUCAAUUGAUUCAUUCUCCAUCGGUGCAAGUGAUGAAGAAGAAGAGAGAGAAUUUGGUGGAAGUUGAUGAUCCUAAAACUGUGGUGGGUUCCGCUGACAAAUUCGUUAACAAAUCUUUCUUGAGGAAGGUUGGCCAAAUUCAAGACCCGGAGACCCGCGUUCUAAAGGAUCCCACUCGUCCCGAUCCUUUCACCAUUCCAAGAAAGUAUGACACUCUAAAUUUCGUGGGAGUUGACAAGUGAAUUAAAGAGAUGGAAGCAUAAUAUGUUUCUUCUUCUUUUAAUAGUAUUCCUUGAAUACAUGGGGAAAUUUAAAUAAGCUAUCCUUGUAGAU